AUGUAUGCCCCUGCUAUUAAUGAAACCUCAAUUCAGUAUUCCGCCUCACCCUCCUCCACCCUUGAGUUCGUCUUGGACAGUGGAGCCACUGAUAAUGUCUUUCGAGAUGCCGGCAAACUCAAUCCUCUUCCCACAUCCACGUCCCUCCUUGGCGCUGAUAGCAGCUUUUCCAUCCCCUGUCACAACACCUCCACCCUUCCCUGUCCUCUCUUUCCCUCAGGUACUGUCACAGGUCUUCACAUUCCCUCCCUUCGCACCAACCUCCUCUCCCAAAGGUCCCUCCAACAAUCCAUGAUCACCACUCUCACCCCAGGUGGUGCUAACCACUGUGACGUCUACCAAACUUCCACAGGUCGCUUCCUCGCCCGUAUUCCCUACUGUCCCCGCUCCCGUCUAUACACCCUUCGGGUUCCUCGCCCCCUCACCUUCCAAGUUGCCUCCCCCCCCCUCCUCCCCCCCACUCCUCCCCUCCCCUCCACUAACCCACCCGUCCCCCCCCGCCCCCCUGACUCUGACUGCUCAUGUCGCUCCCUCUCCCACCCUGCCAUCCUCCUCCAUCACAGGCUAGGUCACCCCAACUUCGCCACUCUGCGCUCCUCUGUAUCCUCCGGUCUCCUCCACGGUCUCCCCUCCUCCCUCCCUCCCCUCCCAAAGUCCCCUGCCCCCCCUUGCGUCGUCUGCGUUCAGAGCAAGCUCAAGCAGCAGCCGCACCGGAGCUCCCCCUCCGCUGCUGCUCAGCCACUUGAUCUUGUUCACAUGGACCUCUGGGGCCCUAACCCUUCCCCCACUCGCCAAGGCCAUCGCUACCUCCUCGUGCUCGUCGAUGACCACAGUCGGUACUCGUCCGUCUCUCUCCUUCGGACGAAAGCGGACGCCCCGACCGCGAUCAUUGCCUGGCUCGAACAAGCCAACACCCAUUUUGGGCGCCCUGUUCGCCGCCUUCACUCUGAUGGUGGUGGUGAGUUCCUUAAUACCCAAAUUUCCUCCUACUGCCAGUCCCGCGGCAUUCUCCAGACUCACACCCUCCCUCACUCCCCACAGCAGAACGGUGUCGCUGAGAGCCGUGUUCGGGAGAUCACCAAAACGGCUCGGUGUCUUCUUGUCCACGCCUCAUGCCCCCCUUCUCUGUGGGGCUACGCCCUCCUUCAUGCCGCCCUUCUUACUAACCUUUACCCUCACCCCCUCCUCCCCUCCACCACCCCCACUGAGCUAUGGACAAAGGACAAACCCGAUUCCCACGGUGCCCCUCCCUCGUCUGGUGACAUCUUUGAUCCGGACCCUCUAUCCUCCCCUGUCUCCCCCGCCCACUCCUCCCCCGGCGCCCCUCCCCCUCCCUCCCAACCCUCACCUCCCUCCCCCACUCCCCGCACCAUACUCACCCGGUAUCCUCACACCAGGUCACGUGACAGUAUCCUUGGUGCACCGCCCCCUGUUACCCUCUCUACCUCUUCCCUUCCCCCUCUUUCUCCCCUCCUUCACCACUUCUUCCAGGCUGUCUUACAUCAAGCCCCUCAUGCACCAGCCCCCUCAACCACCUCUCCAUCAUCGGCAGCAGCAGCUCCAGCAGCAGCCACCGCAGCGGCACCAGCAGCGGCAGGUGCAGCAGCAGCAGCGGCACCAGCAGCGGCACCAGCAGCGGCACCAGCAGCGGCACCAGCAGCGGCACCAGCAGCAGCACCAGCAGCGGCAGCAGCGGCCUCCGCAGCAGCACCAGCAGCGGCACUAGCAGCGGCACUAGCAGCGGCACCAGCAGCAGCACGAGCAGCGGCACCAACGGUCAUCCGCGCCUUCCACACCUCCCUCUCUGAGGACUCCCAUGAGGAGUUCCUUGACCUCCACCUUUCCGACCCCUCCCUCCUCCCCAUCACCCUUGCCCUCUCUGGAACACCAGUCUUCGCCUUUUCCUCUGCUCCCUCCAUCUUCGUCCCAACCACGUACGAGGAGGCCAUGGCUUGCCCCGACGCCCCGCUCUGGCUUGCCGCCAUCAUCAAGGAGCUCGAGGCAUUUAUCGCCAACUCCUCCUUCGUUGAUCUACCAGGAGAGCCGCCCGUCUACAAGGCCCGGUAUUGCGCCAAGGGCUUCACGCAGCGGUAUGGUUUUGACUUCUUCGACACCUUCUCCCCCACCGCCAAACCUGCUACCGUUCCCGCUGUUCUCGACCUCGCCGCUCGCCUCAACAUGGAGAUCCACUCGAUGGAUGUCUCCAACGCCUUCCUCCAAGGCGUCCUACGUGAACUGAUCUACAUGGAGCACUCAGAAGGCUUCCACCUCCCCUUCCCCGCCGACUCCGUCUGGCAGCUGCGCCGACCCGUGUACGGGCUCCGUCAGGCACCCAGGGAGUGGCAUGCCAAGCUCGCCGCCACCCUUGCUGAGCUUGGCUUUCGCACCUCCCGCUCUGACGCCAGCCUCUUCCUCCGCACCUCCCCCUCCCCCUUCUACAUCCUCGUCUAUGUUGACGACAUGAUCCUCCUCACCGCCGACCUUGCCGAGCUCGAGACUGUCAAGGCGGAGCUGGGCAGCCGUCUCAAGUGCAAAGACCUGGGAGAGCUGCAGAACUACCUCGGCAUGACCAUCACUCGCGACCGCUCCGCCCGCACCAUCUCACUCUCUCAGGGUCACUACCUCCAGCAGGUCUUGGACCGGUUUGACAUGGCGCGCGGCAACCCCCAGCCCACUCCCCUCUCGGUUGGGCACCACCUCUCCCCACCCUCCUCUCCCUCUCCCUCCUCCCAUCCUUAUCCGGAACUCAUCGGCUCUCUCAUGUACGCCAUGGUUUCCACUCGCCCUGACCUUGCCUACCCCAUCAGCGUCCUCGCUCGGUUCGUUGGCGCUGGCAAGCACACGGAAGAGCACUGGCAGGCCGCCAAGCGUGUCCUUCGCUACAUUCGUGGCACCAAGGACUAUGUCCUCACUCUUGGCGGCCCUUCCCCACCACUCCUCAACGGCUACAGCGACUCUUCCUGGGCUGAUUCUCGACCGGAUCGGCGGUCCUCUCAGGGCUAUGGCUUCUCCCUCGGCAGCGGUCUCAUCAGCUGGCGGUCCACACGCUCCUCUGCCGUCGCCCUCUCCUCCUGCGAAGCAGAGCUCUACGCUGCGACCAUGGCCGCGCAAGAAGCACGCUGGCUCACCUUCCUCCUUGAUGAGCUAGGAGCCCCCCAACGCUGUCCCACCAUCUGGUGUGACAACGCCAGCACCAUCCACCUCACCAAGGACGCUGUGUAUCAUGGGCGCUCAAAACACAUUGAGCUUCGCUACUUCUUCAUUCGCGAUCUCGUUGAGGCCGGCCACAUUCGUCUUGGCAAAAUCGACUCGGCAGCCAACCUCGCCGACAUCUUCACCAAAGCUCUUCCCCAAGCGUCCCACUCCUUCCUGUUGCGUCUCCUUGGGCUCACCCCGCCACCAGUUUUGGCGGCCUCCUGA